GUCUGGACCGUGUGGAGAUGCAGGCUAAUACACAGGCCGGCGCAGCAAUUUCGGAAUCUGCCCUUGUAUAUGGCGGACGAAAAUUUCCACCAGAGGAAGAACCGCACCACAAACCCGCACAAACCCGCGCCACGAGCCGCUGCACGAGCCGGACGCGCAGGACCGAGGACUGUCCCCGAGUCCAGGACAUGACGCCUUUACGCGUUUAGAAAAUGAAACGCAGGAUUCACGAGGAAACCGCUGAGCUGAAAAUUUGAACAUUCGGAAUUUCUCAUAACUAAUUGAGAAUUUGAGGCAGUUGUGCAGUCUCCUCUGGCGCGGAGGAGCUUCUCUGGACGCACAUCUUUCGCAUGAGCUGCAUCGUUCCGGGAGCAGCACAGGCCAAACGGAGGGGGAGCCAUGAGUGCGUCAGACGAACCCAGUCCGGAGAAGGACACAGAUGGGCCCUCACCACCGGGGGCCCCUGAAGCUGCCAGUUCACCCCCCGCCGCAGUGAAGAAGGAGCUGGGGCUUCCAGAGAUGAGCAACGGGAAAGUGGGAGACUCCAACCCGGAAAUGUGCGCCGUGUCUGGAAGUGAAGGAGGCGGAGGAGGAGGAGGAGCACAGCGGCGAGCCCAGUCUGAGAGUGCUCCCAAAAAAACAGCCGCGACCUCAUCCGCCGCCACCACGUCUCCUCCUGCUGCAGUGAAGAAGGAGCAAGGAACACCGGAGACGAGCAACGGGAAGGCCAGAGAUCCGAACCCCGCCGACAUCUGCGUCGUCGUCGGAGGAAACGAGGGGGGACUGGGCCGUGGUAGACCCGGUCGACCCCCCGCAGACAGUGUUGCCAAAAAACCUUCGCCGAUUUCAGCCACCGCCUCUCCGUCUCCCACCGCCGUGAAGAGGGAGCCGCCGGAGACGAGCAACGGGAAAGUGGCGGAGCUCAACCCCGCUGAGAUCUGCGUUUUGAUUGGAGGAAGCGAAGGGGGCGCAGGUGGAAUAGGACCACGCCGAGCUCAGGCUGAGGGUUCCUACGUUUGCGGCGUUUGUGGGAAAAAGUACAAAUAUUACAACUGUUUUCAGACCCACGUCCGGGCGCACAGAGAAUCCGAGGGCAUGGUUGGGGAGACUCUGCCACAAACUCCAACCAGCAGCUUCCGUUACUCAUGUGACAUUUGUGGCAAGAAGUACAAAUACUACAGCUGUUUCCAGGAGCACCGUGACCUCCAUGCAGUGGAUGAUCCUUAUGAACAAGUCAUGCUGCCUGUGGACGGACUCAAAGAGGAGCCCGUCGAACCAUAUCAGAAAAUUGGACCAAAAUCAGGAAGCUACGUCUGUGAAUUUUGUGGGAAGCAGUACAAGUAUUUCAACCCGUACCAAGAACAUGUUGCUCUUCACACUCCAUUGGGCUCCUUUGAUUUGAAGCCAUUAAAGGCCCAGGAAAGCAGCGCACUGGACAUCAGUAAAUUUGCCCAAAGCCAAGCGAGUAAGCUGAAAAACAGUCCAUUCAGGCGGAAACUGGAGAGCACAUUUCAGUCUAGCCUGGUUGAUACUAACAGCUUGCAGAAUUCAAGUGGAGCGCCGAGCCCUCUGGUGGCCAGCUCGUUUUCUGCAGCACAGAAACCCUUCACGUGUGGUGCAUGUGGCAUCCAGUUCCAGUUCUACAGCAACCUGCUGGAGCACAUGCAGUCCCACGAGGCGCACAGUGAGAACCACACCAAAGGGGACUCUCCAAAAACCUCCUCAGCUUCGGGUCCUCAGGAGCAGCUUUGGAGAGGCUCUCAGGCUCAGUUUCUUUCCUCAGUUAAACUUCAAAUUCAGCCUCAAAGUCUCACACAGAGAAACCACACUUUCACUCAGAAUAACGGACUUCCUGAGAAGGAAAGGCAGCAGGUGGCCGAGCGUCUUCUUCGUGUGAUGUGUUCAGACCUGAACAUGUUGAGUGUGAUCAAUAGUAAGGACUUCCUUAAACUGGCUCAGACCCUGGUGGACACAGGGGCUCGGCACGGGGCCUACUCCACCCGCGAUGCACUUGGCAACAUGAGUGCCUUGGCCCUCCGCCAGCUGCCCCGCAUGUACAAUCAGGUCAAAGUCAAGGUGACCUGCGCCCUGGGCUCUAAUGCUUCUCUGGGUAUCGCCGUCACGUGUCACUCCCACAUGUCGGGGCCAGACGCCUGUUACGUUCUCACGGCCUACCAGGUGGAAGGCCCCAGACUCAAGCGCUAUGUCCUCGGGGUGAGAGAGGUGGAGCUGAGAGAAGGUCCUGAGCAGGUGCACCACUGGGUCCAGAAUGUUCUGUCUGAGUUUGUGAUGUCCGAGAUCCGCACGGUCUACGUGUCCGAGCCCAGGGUGUGGGCCGCGGGGAUCGGCGGCUCUCCUCUGGGCGGCAGCCGUGGGAGAAUAUGCCUCAGAUGCGCCGGCUGCUCCCUGGGAGCGGUGGUGCAGGCGGUGCUGGGGAAGCGCAGUCUUCAGGCUCGAGGUCUGCACGACCUGGCGGAGCUGUUGUCCACGUGCAGAGACAUUGCCUCCUCCACCACCCUGGCUCUACGUGAAGAGCACAGCAACACAAGCACAAGUGAGGAGGGCGGGCAGGGCAGUCCUGCACAGUGCCCCACUCCUCCCUGCUGGGAUAGAAUGGCUGAGGCACUUUUGCAAGUGCAUGCACAUUUUGAACAGAUUUGCGAAGCCUACGGACGUAGCAAAGCUACAGCUCCACUUCUUCAAGGCCUGAAUAAGCAUCUACUGUCUACACUGGCCUGUCUCCUGGCUCCGUUGCGUCUCGCUGCUCUGGAGCUCAGCAGCCAAAGGAGGCCCACUCUGCAGCAGGUCCUGCCCGUCUACCUGCGCCUGGAGAAGUUCUUCACAUCCAAAGCCGGAGAAGCGGGAACUGGCACCGCCAGCAAACUCUGCCACUACUUCCUGGAAGCGCUAAAAGAGAAUUUUAAGGUUGAACGCGCUCACCAGGUGGCCAUGGUCCUGGACCCUCAGUUGAAGCUCCGCUCAGUACCAGCCUACCAACACGAGGACAUCAUUUCCCGGGCAUGUGAAAUGGCAGCUGAAAGCAGGGAUGGAGGUUUGUCGGGUGGAGUUGGGACCGCUGGAGAUGACCGUGACUGUGACGGCCCCCCGAUGCCUAAAAUCAGUCGUGUGGAAGGCGCCGGGAGCAACGGCGGCCCUUCGCGGGACUCCUGUACACUCUCAAGUAACGACGACGCACAGGGUCAAGUUCGACAGGAGAUCUUCCAGUACCUGGCCGAGCCGCUCCUCCAGGGCACCCCAGAUCUGUUCCAGUACUGGAGUACCGCAGUAACUGAGAAGUUCCCAAAGCUGGCCCGCCUGGCGCUGUGGCUCCUGGCCGUGCCUGCCGUGGCCAUACGCAGUGAGUGUGUGACUGUGUGUGAGCAGAGCAUGGCCAUGAAGAGGAGGCAGCAGGUGACAGCUGAGGAAAUGAACAAACUCAUAUUUCUACGCUCCAACCUCAGUUAAAAAGACUAUGAACCAAACCUCAACCUCACAACUAAUGACUCAAGGCUAUUAUUUAUAUAGUUUUAGACCAACGGCAACAUAAAUGUUUAUCAACACAAAGUAAUCCUCAAGACUAUACAGGAACACUCUUGUUGUAAGUUACAAACACCCAGAAGACAAUAAUAUACUCAUCUAUAAAACAGUGAAGUGUGUAAGUAAAGUGUAGUAAAAAGAAGAAUGUGGUGGAAAGGUUCAACUCAAAAUGUCCCCGUGAAGUUUGACUCGGUUCAGUCGUACCCGCGGCAGUGACAGGAUUUCCUCCAACCUCAGAAUAAACUGCUCAAGGCUGUAUGCUGUUAUCCUCAACUAGCAACUUUGUCAGGUAGUCAGCUUUCACUGCUUCAGUUUUCUACAGACCUCUUCUAAACAAUCCUACCAGGUUAUAAAGUGCACACACCGGGAGUAAAUACUGUUUACAGCAAGCUCAACGUGGACCUCCUAUUUGAGGUUAACAUCACAGUGAAUAUGAUUUUACUGCCACUACACCUUCGACAGCAACAUUUAGUCCAAUGUACCACUGACAGUACGUCACACGAGACCGAGGGGCAUCAGGAACAUGCAGUUUUCUCACUGACCUCACGGGGGAGCUGUACCACUCUAUUCUAACGCUCUUUUCAUUUAUUUGAAAGUUGCAUCGAAGGACAUGCAAUAUUUUCCUCUUAUUGAAAAGUGUCCUCCCACUCGCGGUCCAACGAUAACCUCAUGACCUCACUGUAACGAGACUUUCAUUUACAGAUACUUAAGAUUUUGCACUUUUCACUAAACUUAUGUGGUACAUUUUUAUUUCAAAAAGACAAUAAUAACCGGAACCUCGUGAGUGUUGAUGGUAGCUUCCAAUGCUGCUAAUUUAGUAAAGCUACAUCAGUCACCUUUGCAGACAGACACCAGGUCAUGACCACGUUUCAAUACUUUUCCUCACCGUAGAUUCAUCACGUUGUAUGAUAAACACACCGUCUUCCUCAUCAUUUCUAUAGUAUUCUGAAAUAUAUAUUUUAAGGCAAUAUAUUGUCGAAUACAUAGUUACAACCUCAUCUAAAACAUGACUGUUGUCAUUACAAAGAAAAGUACCAUUUUCUACUUGUGAAAUCAGUAUUUUCUCAGGAACCAGUAAAAGUCUUGCAGGAACCUCUUUCUCCUCUUUACCGAAAAUGUACCGAACUGUGACCUCAGUGCCCGGGUACCGACUGAACCGGGGCGUUGGGCAAACCUUCCACCGCAAAUACAGUUAGUGCCACACGCAACAAAAGGAAAUGUCACUGUUCAGGACUAGUAAGCUAUGGUCAACACGUGCAUAAUGAACCUAUUUAUUUUUAUAUUGUAUCAAUCAAUCAAAUACCUCCUAAUGUGGAUGGGUUUGUUGCCUCUGGUACUAUCAUUCAAGUACUGCUUUGUCAUUUCUGUGUCUGGGCCUUAAGUCUCUGCUUUUGUGAUAAACCCAACUUCAUGCCUUUUUAUUGCAGUUUAUGGCCUUCAUCUCAUCCGAGCAUUUUUCAUUUGCUUUUUAAAAGUUCUGAUGUAGAGAUUUUAGAGAAUCUGCAGUGGUCGAAUGGGCUUUAAAUACAGAAUUUUGGCUUUGCUGUUCAAUUCAGGCUUCGAAAAGCUUCUAAAUUAGCUAAUUACUGAACUACAAAUAGCCAUCCAAAGCACAUAUAUUCACUUUAUAAAAGUCUGCACUAUAAGAUGUAGUUUUGAUCUAAUUUAAAUUGAAUGAUUUUAAGUCGCCCAUCUAUGGUAUAGUAUAAAAGUAGCACAAUGUAAACAACAUACUGUCUAUGUUGUACUUCAGAUAAUUGAUAUUUAAUUUAUAUAGAUCUGUAUAGAUCUGUGGAGAUCUAUACAGAUGGAUCUAUCUGUAUUAUUUACAAAAUAUUGCAAACUCGUGGUUUUACUGUAUGUUCUAGUUUAUUGAUUUUAGUCACAUAUUAACAGGAUACCGAGUAAAUUAUAUUUUUAAAAAUGCAGUUUUCUGCGUCAAAAUGAAACCAUCAGACGUUCAAAGUAAAAGAUUCAAAUGGUUACUGUUUUAUAAAGUGUCCUUGCUGAAUCCUGACACUAUUUCUCCAGGAUUUGGAGUGGCUUGCUGCAUGUUACUGACCUGUUGCCAAGACCCCAAUUAGUUCUACUGAGAGGUGAGCUGCAGACUCUGUAACACAGCAGCUACUUUUUAUUUUUAUUUAUGUUCUACUUCACAGCGUCCUGACUUUUUGGAAGUGGGAUGGUAGAAACUAUAUAUAUCACUGCAUUGUAAUAGUUAGCAUUCCUGGAAGUGUCAUAUCCACUGCUGUUUAACUCGACUCUGUGACAUAUUUACAUUCACUCAUUUUGCUAACAAGACAUUGCUGUAAGAUAUAUUUAGUACUAAUCUUAAGGUUUACCUCAAUAUUCUGAAAGUAAUGUUGUGAUUUUGAGUGUCAGGAAAAUAGCUGUUGUUACAAAACUGAAUCACAUAAUCAAAAUACUGUACAAGAACUUGCAGUGUUACCAGUGAUCCUCACUCUGACGAAGGGAGUUUUCUUACUGUUUUUAAAUAGGUAUUUUAAAUAGGAUUUGCUCUGGGACAAAAUGCCAUUGUUGACACAUGUCAACUUGAAUUUAUUUAGAAAUAGCGUUUGUUUUGUCAGUUUCAAUGAUAAGUAUAUCUAAGAUAUGCAUGCUUUUAAUAUGAGUAUAUAACAUUGUAAGCCGGUAUUUCUCAUGAAGCAGUAGAGUAGAUUGGCUAAGAGCAGAAGUCACCUGUAAACAGUUUGUCUGGUGUGAAGGGGAGGGCCACUGUCCACAGAGCAGUGUUUAUUGGGUGACAUCAUCCAUUUUCAGAAAAUGUAAAUAUGUUGAAGAGAACUGCUGUUUUAUGCCACAAGGGGGCGCCUUUAUGUCAGAGAUAAGAUAGGGAGCACCAAUAACAUUUUACCUCUUUUUCUACAGUAGCAUUUCAAAGGGUUUUGAUAUAAUAGACUCAACUUAGAUACUGUUAUUAGACGCUGACUCAACUGUAAGUUUUAUUUUUAAUUUUAACUUAUUCUGAUUAAAGGUUCAUUUGUAUAGUACGUUUAAGAACUCAACCACAGAUAACUGUUCUGUUUGUUCGAUGCAGGUUUAGAUACGAGUGUUGCUUUUAUUCUCCUUUCAGGCAUUUCUUCCUUUUCUACUCUUCUGCUAAAAUGCAACAAAAUGGUUUUAAUUUUGUUCAUUUUGACUUUUUUAAUGGCACUUUAGCAGCAGGUUCCUGUGUAGAUUUACUCUCAGUUCACUUGUUAUUAAGCCUAAUUUAUACUUUUGUAGCAACACUAUUUUUAUAAAACGGCCAAAAAAGGAUCGUCUUUUUUUCUGUCAUUUACUGCGGCGCUGUUUGAUGUUGAAGACAUUACCCUCUGUACUUUGUGAUGUGUGAAUAAAUCGUCACCAACUAGAA